ACCUGAAACUUCUCCAGCGAACCAACAACUUUCUGCAACACUUGUUCCAAUGCGUCGAAUUGAAUGGCAUUUUCCGAAGUAGCUUCUUUUUCAUUAUUCUGUAUCAUAACUCUUUAAUUAGUCAAAUAAACCAAGUGUUAUGAUUCGAAACAUUCCCUCUAGAUUUUGCUUUGGUGGACUUUACCUCUGUACAACCAAAAAGUAAGUUACUUCACGAUCUAUAUUGUACCUUUUACGAAACGGAAUGAAGAGCCAGUAAGUACCCUUUUACAUAUCAUAACAUAUUCUAAUGCAAGCAUUCACGAUACUCGUUCAUAAGACGGGGUAGGGUUUCAUAGGGUAGGGCUAAAAAUAGUCACGGGAAACAAAUACCAACAACAGUAACUUUGCAACUCACAGAGACCACGAAUUAACAAUGGCAGAAGAAGAACACCAAAUUGACUUUGAAGGUGGUGAAGCCGGCGCCUCCUUGACCUUCCCUACUCAAUGCUCUGCUUUGCGUAAGAACGGUCACGUUGUUAUUAAGGGCCGCCCUUGCAAGAUUGUGGAAAUGUCCACCUCUAAGACCGGUAAGCACGGUCACGCUAAGGUCAACAUUGUUGCUAUCGACAUCUUCACCGGCCGUAAGUACGAAGAUGUAUCUCCUUCAACCCACAACAUGGAAGUUCCCGUUGUUAAGCGUGAUGACUACCAAUUGGUCCACAUUGAUGAUGGCUUCUUGUCUCUCAUGACUUCUGAUGGCAGUACCAAGGAUGAUGUUCGUAUCCCCGAGGGUGAAAUUGGCCAGCAAAUCGAAGAAGGCUUUGAAGAAGGCAAGGAUUUGAUUAUCUCUGUUGUCUCUGCCAUGGGUGAUGAAAUUCCCCUUAGCGUUCGUGAAGCUCCCAGCUCUUCUUAGAUUGGGGGAAAAGUAUUCUUUACCCAUUAGAUCGUAUAAACACGUCUAAAAAAAUUGGUUUUGCAACAUUUUUGAUUCGUAGUAUUUGAGAAUAGAGUGUAGGCAUUUGUAUAGUCAAUGUUUUAAUCAACUUCCCAAGUAGAAAUAAAUUUAAACACCAUCAUCUGU